AUGGAAGCUCUCAAACAUCACGUUGUCUAUCUCGAGGCGGGUUCCCUUCCCCCUCGCGAGUUGCAAUUCCCUCACACCAAGACGGCCCAUGCUCAAACUUUGCCUCAUCAGGUUGCGGAGCGCAUCAAGGAUGCGACUAUCGUGAUCACCUCGGUGGUGCCGAUAACGAAGGAAGAUCUCAGCCAGGCGCCACUCCUCGAGUGUGUCUCCAUCACAGCGACUGGGUGUGAAUGGCUGGACCGAGAGGCAUUUGCCAGCCGUGGAGUCACCGUGGUGAAUUGCCCACAAAGCAAUGUCGAGGCGGUGGGGGAGCAUUUCCUCGCACUUUACUUUUCAUCCCGCAAGAAGAUUGUGGAGAUACAUGGCGCUGUCACCGGGCGGAGUCGGGAAUGGGUGAAGAGCAGGGGUCUCAUGUCGCGGUGGAAGCAAGGUCCUCCGUUGAGCUGCCGAGAAGAGACACUGGGAAUCAUCGGGUAUGGUGGUCUGGGGAGCAAUAUCAAAAAGCUAGCUACGGCUGUUGGUUUUGGCGAGGUGAUUAUCGCUGAGCGAAAGGGGGCGAGCACGGCACGAGAGGGAAGAGUGUUGUUCGAGGACAUGAUCAAGCGUGCCACAACCAUCGUGGUUUGCUGCCCAAAGGAUGCAUCAACCACAGGUCUGAUCUCCGAGCCCGAGUUCUCAAUGAUGAAGCCCGAGGCUCUCCUUAUCAAUAUAUCACGGGGUGGUGUGGUUUGUGAGAAGGCGCUGGCACAGGCCCUGCGUAAUGAAAUCAUCUUUGGAGCCGCCACAGACGUGCUGGAGACAGAGCCUGGCGGCCGAGGCACAACUCCUCUGAUUCCCGACUCUGAUGAUCCGAGUCAGGCUAUACCAAAUUUGACUAUCACGAGCCAUCUUGCUUGGUUUUCUCAGACAACAAUAGACAACCUCUACCGGAUGCUCAAGGAAGGAGUAGAGGGAUUUGUGGCCGGGAGUAUUCUAGACGACCAGACGAAGCGGUUGGUUGUGACUCAUAAAGGCCAAAUCUUCAAGUAA